CCUUCCCUCAUUUUCCUAGGUAGGGAGGCACCUGUCUGGAUAUAUAUCGGGGGUUUCCUUCUCUGAGUAUUCGCCAAUAGCUCGCAAAUGCUAGUAUAAGACCGAGAAUGGCGUCAUUUUCGACCCCGAAAAUCCAACUCGCUGCGACUGCUAUCGCAUCUGGUACUGUCGUCGCAGGCGCAAUUUUAGGAUACCAGCGCCUCCAAAGAGAAGAGCGCAUUAGUCAACUAAAGGACUCAAUACCGUCUCUACUCGAUGAAAGUGAAGCUAUAAGAAGGCUUAACAGCUUUGGUGGUGCAAAGGCCGAUAAAGAAGACCUCCGAAACGAGCUGCUCGCACGACGCGCGCAAGCCGGCGAUUACGAUGACGAAUUGAUACUCGAACAACUCGCACGCAACCGCGUCUUCCUUAACCCAGACGGCCUUGAUAAACUGCGCAAUGCCUUCGUGAUCGUCGUUGGAUGUGGAGGUGUGGGAUCGCACUGCACGGCCGCGUUGGCGCGAUCGGGCGUCUCCAAGAUCCGCUUGAUAGAUUUCGACCAAGUCACGCUUAGCUCCCUAAAUCGACAUGCUGUCGCUACGCUAGCCGAUGUAGGUAGUCCGAAAGUGCUUUGUCUUCAACGACGGCUGUUGGCUAUCACUCCGUGGGUACAUUUCGAUCUGCGGCAAGAGAAGUUCUGGGAUCAAGCGGCAGAGAGACUGUUAGGUCCGUGGAGCGAGAAUGGUCAGAGACCCGAUUACGUUGUGGAUGCGAUCGACAAUAUCGAUACUAAAGUCGCGUUGCUGAAAUACUGCCACGACCACAACUUGCCGGUGAUAUCAUCCAUGGGCGCGGGAUGUAAAAGCGAUCCUACUCGGAUUAUGGUGGGCGAUAUAGGGACUAGCACUGAUGAUGGUCUAUCGAGAUCUACUCGGCGACGUCUAAAGCUAUUGGGAGUUACGAAAGGGAUACCGACUGUAUAUUCGACAGAGAAGACCGGAGAGGGCAAGGCCGAAUUACUCCCGCUUCCGGAGGAUGAGUUCCAGAAGGGUGAAGUGGGCGAUCUAGGAGUCUUACCGGAUUUUCGAGUGCGGAUACUGCCAGUGUUAGGAACAAUGCCAGCCGUAUUCGGGUAUACCGUAGCAAACCAUGUUAUACUCUCCGUUACUGGAUAUCCUCACGAUUAUAUCCCAGCGAAGGGCCGAGAGAAGAUGUAUGAAAGUCUCCUUGCAGCAGUCCAGGGAGGAGAGGAGAAGGUACUCCGACACAUGACAGGCGGUGAUGCAAGCGUAACAUUGGGUCUGAAGGUUCCUAUAACGAGUGCGGAUACGUCGUUCCUUGUCGAAGAAAUGUUUAAAGGUCGGAGCGCAAUCACCGGACUUACAACGCGCUUAACACUAGUAAGAUGGCGAAAGCCGACAAGUUCUAUUUUAGUAAGGAUCGGAGAGGGCUCCAACGAGCAGAAAUCGUCUAACAUAAGACUUUCGGAUCUCGUCUGUAUAACCAAGGAAGAGGCUAUACGGCACGAUAAAGAGAUACUACGAGGAGACAAGACGCCAGAGGAAGUGUACGACUCGGCUACGGUAGAGAAAGUCGAAGAGUUGCUUAGAGAAACCGCGAAGUAUGAAAAAUACAGAUGAUUCUAUCCUG